AUGAUUAUCGUAAGUAAAACACAAGAUGAGGUGCGCAAGAUCAUCAAAGAUCUCAAGACCGCGUUCAGCAUCAAGGAGCUCGGAGAGCCACGAUUUAUCCUUGGUAUCGAAGUAACUCGUGACCGGACCAACCGCACCCUUACAUUGUCGCAACGCGGGUACAUUCAGCAGCUCGGUGAAAGAUUCCGAAUGAAAAAUGCAAAGCCCGUUUAUCUACCGGCCGACGCGAAUUCGCGCUUAAGACUUGCCGCUGCAGGCGCUCAAUGCAUCACGAAUGUACCGUACCGAGAGCUGGUCGGAUGCCUUAUGUACAUCGUUACGUGUGCAAGACCCGAUAUCGCGGAUGCAGUCGGCAGUGUGGCCAAGUACUGCGAGAACCACACGAGCGAACACUGGUCAGCGGCAAAGCGUAUACUCAAGUACCUGUUAACGACUCAACAUAUCGCGUUGGUGUAUGAUGGUCAUUUGGCAACCGAGCUAAUAGGCUUUGCAGAUGCGAGCUGGGCUUCGGGGAUGAAGACACCAGGCGUUCCACAACUGGUUUAUGUGUUUAUCCUGAUUGGUGCAGCUAUCGCGUGGAGUUCGCAGCGACAGCCGACAGUCGCAGGUUUUAGUACAGAAGCAGAGUACAUGAGCCUGUACUCUGCCACUCAAGAGAUGACAUGGCUGAGGCGGUUGCUCAAGGAUCUGUGUAUGUACAACGAUGGACCGACGACAGUAUAUCAGGACAACCAAGGAUCUAUUGCGCUUGCACGGAAUUCAGUGUACAACUCGCGAACAAAACACAUUGACACUAAGUACCAUUUUUCGAGAGAACGUGUCGAGUCGAGCGAGCUACAUGUCGAGUACAUAUCAACGGCAGAUAUGGUGACCGAUGCGUUGACAAAGAGUGUACCCCGCCCAAAGCUUGAGAAGUUCAAGUUACAGGUUGGGUUGAAGAAACUUGAUCGCGUAUCGUUUAAGGGAGAGUGUUGA